CCAUACGCAUCACCAUCAGUCGUAAAAGAUCGAUCGUUUCGAGUCGAAGAAAAGUCAUCAAACAAUUGUACUUGGAUCACGGAAAUUCUUGUCGUGAUGAAUUUUAACUUAGGUUUACUUCUACUGUAUACUUUGCUGGCAGUUUUGGCGCCCUUCUACAGUCAUGCCAAACCGCUGCAAUAUGAUGAUGGGCCAGUACCGAGGAAACCACAUCGAUACAAACGACAGUUUUCGCUGAACUUUGGUGCCACCCAUGAGGACGGAUACGGUACGGACGUUAAUGCGGAAGCGAUCGCUAGCCUGUGGAAAAGCCAGAGCGGCAACACUAAGCUGGAUGGGUCGGCAAGCUACACGCAACAUUUUGGUGGUCUUUCGGGCGAUGGUAAAGCGCGCAUUAGUGGACUGUUGACUUUCUCACACGGUUACUGAAACUGUCCUUUCAUCAUGAUGGCAUUCAGGGCGCGAUUACAGAUUGAAGCUGAAGGUAGUUUUCACUCGCUAGCUGCCUGAUCGAGUUAAUGGAAGACAGCGCAUCAAACUAUGCAUCAAACAGUCAUCGUCAUCGCCUGGAUAAUGAAAGGCCAAAUUUAACACAUCGUGGAUUGGCCGCACGUGUUGAUUUUAUUUACACAUUAAAUACGACCCUAACAACCGUUA